CGCUCUCUUUAUUUCUUCGGUUCUGCUGAGAAGAGCGUUCUCUGUCCCGCGUUCAUUCGCAGAAAACCGCGCGAUGGUGCGAACUAAAGCUGAUAGCGUUCCCGGCGCGUACAGGAAAGCUGUUGCUGCCUCUGCGCCUCGAAAAUCCCUCGGCGCUUCCGGCUCCGUGAACGCGCACAGCAGCGGCGCGCAGUCGGGCACGCCUGCUAAGAGUAAGUACGCGGGGGGUAACCCUGUGUGUCCGCGGCCCACUCCCUCGUGGCAGAAGGGCAUCGGAGACUUCUUCGGUGGCCCCAGUCGGAAACCAGAGAAGGAGAACCUUCACCCCGCGCCUGAUGAUGAAGAUGAUGAAGAGGCGGGCGGCAGCGGCGUGGCUAAAGUGCCCAGGAAGUCCAGACCCAUCAUUGAUGAUGAAGAUGAGGAAGAGGAUUGAUCUCUUGAUCUUCAGUUUACAUGUUUCAUUGAUGCUUGAGUAUUUUUAGUGUAAAUCUUUGUAAAUACUUUUAAUGGAUGUCUCGCUGGUUUUGUACAGAGGUUUAAUAAAAUGAUUUUUCAGA